AACUUAGACUUCAGUGUGCCGCGCAGUGUGCGCAAAUUCAUAAACCCUCUCUCAGGUUUGGUGGUUUUUGAAUCUCGAGAGUUGGGACCAGGCGGGAAGACCCUCUUCACUCUAAAAGAAGAUGACAGCCCACAGAGAGGUAACUCCUGUUUACAUGGAACUCAGAAAUCUCCUGCAAAUCAUGAUCUUAAGACCAGAGAAUGGCAGGUGAACAGAAACCCUCAAGUAACCUCCUGGAACAGUUUAUUUUACUAGCCAAAGGUACUAGUGGCUCAGCCCUCACUGCUCUCAUAAACCAAGUCUUGGAGGCUCCUGGAGUCUAUGUCUUUGGAGAACUGCUGGAGCUGGCCAAUGUGCAGGAGCUUGCAGAAGGAGCUAAUGCUGCGUAUUUGCAGUUGCUGAACCUGUUUGCCUAUGGAACAUACCCAGAUUACAUAGCCAACAAGGAGAGCCUGCCAGAACUGAGCACAGCUCAGCAGAACAAGCUGAAGCACCUUACCAUCGUGAGCUUGGCGUCGAGAAUGAAGUGUAUCCCCUACUCCGUGCUGCUGAAGGACCUGGAGAUGCGGAAUCUCCGGGAACUGGAAGACCUCAUUAUCGAGGCUGUCUACACUGACAUCAUCCAGGGCAAGCUGGACCAGCGAAACCAGCUUCUGGAAGUGGACUUCUGCAUUGGCCGUGACAUCCGAAAGAAGGACAUCAAUAAUAUUGUCAAGACCUUGCAUGAGUGGUGUGACGGCUGUGAAGCAGUUCUGCUAGGCAUUGAGCAGCAAGUUCUGAGAGCCAACCAGUACAAGGAGAACCACAGCCGAACUCAGCAGCAGGUAGAGGCAGAGGUUACCAACAUCAAGAAGACCCUCAAGGCCACAGCAUCUUCCUCGGCUCAGGAGAUGGAGCAACAACUGGCCGAACGGGAAUGUCCCCCUCACGCCGAGCAGAGGCAGCCCACCAAGAAGAUGUCCAAAGUGAAAGGUCUGGUUUCCAGCCGCCACUAGGGCCGGCUGGGGCAGCUGGCACUCACCAGGCCUGGGCAAGUGGGGAGGGGACACCUAGGGCCUAUUUCCUCCUCUCUCUACCUUCAGUGAGUUCCAGACCUGCCCGUCCCCUCACCAGCGCCUCCCAAUCCUGUUGGUACUGUUCCAGAAGAACCGUUAACUCCUUUCCCUCGCCCACGCCCUCCUUCCCCAGUUGUUCCCUUCAGACUCAGGGGCUCCACUGAUGCCAUCCCAACAGGGUCAACACUGCCCAGCUUCCCUCCAGGAGGUUCUUGUCUCUGUUUAAGGGCUUGUCUCUCCCAGUUUUUCUUUUGCUCCAUGUCAUUUGGUCAGGCUGGUCAUAGCCAGAGGCAGCUUUAACCGGCCCACAGGGAUGACUGCAAAGGAGGCUCCUCUGAGUGAGGAGGGGGCACUCCUCCAGCCCCAUGUACCACAGUACCCACAAUGGUGCAGGCACUCUAGCCAGGUAUCAAAAUGCUUUGUUUUCCCUCCCCUGCCUUGUCCCUCGUUGACAGCUCCAAUCAGGCCAUGGAGGGAUGUGAUGCUGGGCUAUGUUUACUCAGCCUCUUAAGCCCAGCUCAAAUCUCUCGUUAGUUGGGAGCACUGGGUUAACUGAUGUCUGGUAUCCAAGCACCAGUGGAGGGUGCUCUGGGUCUGCUCGGUGGCAGAAGCUUCUUCCAGCUUGGUGUUCUCUGCUGCCUGACUACUCAGACUGGUUUUCGGUGUGAAGGCCCAGCUGCCCACUGGGGCUGUCUGCCAACACUUGCUCUCCCCAAAUCUUUAAUUACUCCUGGCUGCAUCUGUGGUGGGGAUAGUGGUGCUGAGGCCCAGCCUGCUGGGGAAGGACCUGUUGCUGCUUCUGUCUGUUUCUUUCCACCCCUCCUUGGCUGAUGACCCAGAGCCCUCUGAUGAUGGCAUUCUCCUGGCAAGAGAAAAGGACUUGACUAGCCUUUCUGAACUUGAACAGUUUCAGGUUAUAUUUUAAUUUUUUUUUUGUACAGGUUCUGAUUCUAAUACAUUUCAACAUGCCUUUUUU